UCGUGGAGCUCGAGACGCGCAUCUCGCGUUCCGUCUGCGGUAUAUAGACGAGUCUGCUGGAAAAAUAGACACCAUCUUUGGGGCAAAGCGUCUUCUUCUUAGCCGAAGAACGAACGUUUUCCCAGGGCCCGAAACUGCGGUGUGUCUCUGUGUGUGUGUGUUUUGUGCGCGUUUUACUUUGCUGUGCCCUCGUGUGCGUGUUACCAUUUGCAUUUUGGCUUCGGUCUUAAGCUUUUAACUCGCUUUUCGUUCCAUUUCGCCGCGUUGCACUUCUCGAUCGCUUUUUUCGUUACGUUUCCCUCGUUAUUUUCGGUGGGGGCUUUGCUGCAAUUACCGCAAGAAAACGUGUUUGUGUCUAAACUAAAGCAGCUGCAGCUGCAUUUCACUCAAAAGUGUUGGAAUAUAAAUUAAGCCAGAGAGAGAGAGAGAGAAAAUAAAUAAAUAUAAGAAGUAAAGAGUGCUCGAUAAAAAAGAAAACGUCACUCGGAGUGCGUUCUUCUUCUAUUUGUUCGCCAGUUAACAUUGUGCUCAUAAUUUAUUUUAUACCCAGAGAUAUGCAAAUAGAAAGCAACAAAUUUGUACAACAAGUGGAAUAUUUCAACGCUUGAAGUGGGCUGUGCAGCGUUUAAUGGCCGAUGGAUAAAGUGAGUUGCCCAGCGAAGAGAAUCGGAACUCACUUGGCCGCAAUUUCCCUUUUGGAAGUCAAAGGCUGAAAUAAAGGCAGAGAAGACAUAAACACAGCAUAAUUGAAGCCGAGCGAGUGCGAAAGACACCGGAGAUUAAGCAGGCAGCAGGCGGUUUUCAGCUGAUGGACAACAAAGGACAGAGUGCAUCGAAGCCAUUAAUUUAAAUUGGAUAUUAUGAGCGCACUAGCAGCGAAGACAGAAAGCUCAUGUACGACAAGUCCAAGAAAUCGUGGAGUCAGCGGCUCAAGACGCUCGGCAGCGGUGACACUGUGGACAAGAACGCCUCUUUAGCGGCCGUCAGCGGGAUGCAGGCCAUGCAGCAGUUGCAGCUGCACAUGCAGCACCAACACCAGCAGCAUCAGCAGCAGCACCUGCAACAGCAGCAACUCCAGCAGCAGCAGCAACACUUGCCCCACCAUGGUCAUCACCAGAUGGUGACCGCCUACCAGCUCCCACCUGUGCCCGGCGCCGAGUUCCUGCCCAGCGCCCUGUCGCGCUCCAUGAAGUAUGCGGAGCCCUGGAUCUACGGAACGGUGAGGGGUAUCCCGGCCAGGCCCUCUUACGGAUAUCAUCCCCAUGCGGCAGCCAUUUUUGCGGCGGCAGAGGGUAUGCCGGGAACCACAGCUCUGGCCGUGGUGAUCUGCUCCUGUGCCGAGUACUUGAACGGCACAAAACGUGACGUGAAGAAGGCGAGCGUGUGCAAGAAGUGCAAGGGCUCCCGUCUGCCGCUGGCCAACAUCGGAGGAGCAGCUGGGGGCACCGUGCGACUGCCAGCUGUCAGCGGCAGUGGCAACGCGUCCUCCUCGCGGCGACCCAUGUCCGCCACGAUGCGUGUGGUGAGUGCCACGAAGAAAUCACGUCCCUCCAUUCUGGAUCCGCAGAAGGAUCCCUAUGACCUGAUGCGGCGCACGCGACUCCUGUCCCCGGAGCCGAGCUCCAAGGAUGCGGACGGCAAGUCACGUAGCCGCAGUGAGCCGGCUGGGAAUCCAACCAGGGGUCGCACUCGCACCCGGGCACCACCGCCGCCGCCCGUCAUGAGCUCCGUUUCCAAAACGGCAGCCACUCCCUCCUCCCUAGUGGAUCCCACGGACUGCUGGCUAAUGGAGGACAACGAAUCUCUGCUCCAGAGCAGCGGCCUGGCAUCUAGUAGGGCCUCCAACCGGCGGUCCAUCCUCCGAUGCCACGUCAAUCCCUAUGACCUGAUCUCAAGCGAACUGCAGCGUAACCUGAGGAAGCCCAACGACGAAUUCGAUGUGGCGGAUGCCCAACUCAACGACGAUGCCGUGGAGCGCCAGCAGCGGACCAGCAGCAAAUUCUACAGCGGCAAUGUGACGGCCAUCGCCGGCCAGCGGAUUAGUCUGGGCGAGAAGGACGCCUCCGAUCCGGGUGACAGUUACGAGCGAAUUAUGAUAGUCUCCGGUGGAGAUGCAGCGACGACCAAUGGACCGCGUCGACCGCCGCGCAACAAGAAGAUGGAUGAGCCCGCGGAGGUAACAGUGGGAACUGCUGCAGCUGCAACUCUUCCAGCUCCAGCUAGCAGUCCUCCAGCAGCGAGCCCUCCAGCUCCAGUAAAAGCCACUACUGCCACUGACGAGGAGGAGGAGGCGGAGGUCGAUGAUUCCCCCUACACAGUGCUCACUGUGACGCCCACGGAAUCUGCUCUGAAGUCCAUUCUGAAGCGUCCCGUCACUCUGGACCUGUCUGUCUCGGCUCCGCCGCCGCUGCCGCCGCCGUCGGCUGACAUUUCUGGCCAGGCAACGCCCUCGGGCAAGUCGCAGUUCUAUAUACCGACGCCAACGGGAACGGGCUCGGGCUCGGGCUCGAGCUCGGGAUCUCCGCCCCUGGACACAUCAACACUCACGCCCACAGCCACAUCCACACCCACUCCCACUGGAGGAGCAACUACAAUCACGCCGGGCUCACGCAAAAAAGUGCAAUUUAUGGUCGAGGAUAAAGUCAUAGCCACGACUGUGACAGCGGCGACAACUGAUGAUGGCGGCGAUGUCUGUGUUGCCGCUGCCACGAAAACCAACUACGAAUACUACAAUCGCAAGCGAAAUGCAGCUGCAGCUGCAGCAGCAGCAACCACGUCGUCAGGAGCGGCAGCAACAUCAUCCGGCGCAGCGGCAACAUUGCUACCAGAUCAGCAGGAGGCUGGAGCUGCUGAUGAGCAGUAUAACUUUACAGCUUCCGCGACAGCAAAGCCGGAUAGUUUGCAUUAUGAAGAUGUCGUUCCAGGACCCCAAAUAUUUGACAGCGGCGACAACGUAGCUGCAUCCUCGAAAUUAUUACUGCCAGCCGUGGACGUCGGGUCGCCGCAUGUCACUGCGAAUCCUGUCAGCGCUGCGCCAACUGGCACGUCAGCAGGAGUUGGAGCGCCAGGAGCGGGAGUUGGGGUUCCAGGAGCAGAAACAGGAACAGGAGCAACAGCAACCCAAAAGACGACAGCAGCAAAUCGCGAUUAUGACGAUGAUGACGAGCACAACGACAAGGAUGAGAGUCAGGACAACAAACACAACGACUUGACUAGAAGGGCAGAAGAGGAGCAGGCGGCGGCCAGGACUCGGGAUUGUGUGGCCCAGGAUAAGAAGAAAAAGGUCGAGGGGCUGGAGGGACAGAAGGAGAUGGGGACGAAGGAUGCUGUUGCCAAGCCUGCGGCAAGUCAAAAGCGUGCAGCACAAACGACACAAUCGCGAAAUCCCAUCAGACGGGCGCACAGCGAACGGCAUUUGUCGACCGCGCCCGUCCACGCCCACUCCAGAGGCAGCGCCUCCUCCGCAUCCCCCUCUGGCAGCGACUCCCACUCCAUUCCCGUCUCCAGUGGGCCCCAGAAUGUCAUUUUAAAUUUUAAGGACACAAUGGCGCUGCGCAUAAAAAGCAACCGCAGCGACUCGAGAGAUUUAUUUCAAAGGAGGCCCACUGAGCCGCCUCCGCCGCCGCCAAGAAGUGGUGGUGGUGGUAGUGCUGUAGGAUCUGGACCAGGCAAAGGAUUAGAGCGGCUGCCGCACGAAAUCAAUAAGUCGCCAGCGACUCCCCAGAGGACGGUGGUGCGGGUGGCGCCCUUCAAGCAGCCGCAUCAUCAUCAUCAUCAGGUGGGUGAGCACGAGGUGCAUCGCCUGAAGAUCUCGCACAGCGAGGAGGAUUCCGACUUGGGUGUGGAACUGCGCCGCAGACCCAACACCUUGCUGCUCCACCCGGAAGAGGAGGAUGACGCCACCCCCAAGAAGACCUCCAUUCUGAUUAGCGGCGACGAUUGCUACUCCACUAUGAACUUGAGCGCUGAUGCCGCCCAGCCGCUGUACCAGUCCUCGGUGGUGGUAAACAGCCACUCGGCCACGAGCGUCUGCAUCAACGUGAGCAGCGCCGAGGAGCAGGAGCAGGAGCAGCAGCUUAACCAGCUGAACACGCUGCGCAGCCAGCAGAUGGGAAUGGGAAUGGGCAUUGCCAUUAUACCCAUUCGCGGAGCCACAGAGGUGAACCUACAGCGAUCAGUGUCCUGCAUCUCCUCCACCUCGAGCAGCUCCACCUCCAGCAGCAGCAGCUCCAGUGGCCGGGGCAGGACCCUCAUCCGCCUGGACUACGAGCGGGAAAGGAAGGGAUCCGCCACCAGCAGCACGCCCAUCAAUACGCCGCCUGUCAUCAGUUCCACGCCGGCCACUCCACCUCCGAUGGCCUCGCCGAGCAGCGGCGGCAGUCCCACUUCCAAUCCAAGUCCGACCUUGGUACCCCAUGAGACGGAGCUCCUGAAGAUCCUGCGGAAUCCCGUGGAGGCGGUCAAACUCAACCUGGUACCCCAUGUAUGUGGCCUACGAGCUCCUCCAGCGGACUGCGGACGCUCCAAAAAAAUGCAGGCAGAUCCGUCACCAAUUGCUCCUGCGGCCAAGGAAUCGGGCUUUAUAGCCAAACUCCUGCAGGAUCCCAUGCUGGGGCAGGUGGCCGAGGGCCUGGAGACCGAGACCGUGGCGGAGCUGAUUGAGAACAGCCUGCAGAGACUGCAGCAAGCCCGCCGCGGAAUCGAUAUGAGCGGCACCAAAGACCACGACGACAUGAACCGCCUGAUCAGCGCCUCACUGCAGCGCAUCCGCCAGGAACGGCAACUGGCGCCGACGCCAACCAAAGAGGAGGACCGCCUGUCCAAUCGGGGCAGCAUCAGCUCCGCCAAUAGCUUCGCCUCUGCCCACUACGAACUCUUUGACUUUGACUCCGGAGCGGGUGGCAAUGAGUCCGACUGUUACCAGAGCUGCUCCAGCGAGCUAACGGCCGCAGGUGUCCUUGACGAGGAGUCGGUUUCGGUACAGACAUCGAGUGUCGAAAAGGAUCCCGAGCUGGAACUGGAUCCUGCCACGCGGGCUAAGUUCUAUCAGCUGCUGGUGGACGCCACGCUGGCGGAGAUCGAGCACUCCACGCAUGCGGAGCAGGAGCGAAUGGGCGGUGAGACGGAGCAUCACUACGAGUCCAUCCGGCACAGCGGAGAUCCCAUUUAUGAGGAGAUCCACGAGGUACCGCCACCACUGCCGCUCUCAGCUCCGCCCCUAAACGAUGCCGAGUUGGAAAAGAAGGCCGCCCGAUCGAUCUUCGAGGGAGCCUCCAAGUACGACAUUCUCUCCUAUCUGGUGGAUGCCAAGGAGAGAGGCCUGGCAAGGGAAGAGAGCUUUGACUAUGGGAAUAACCCGAAGAUUAUAGAGGAGGAAGCAGCCGAUACUCUCAGUGAUCUGGACAAGCGGCAGGCGGAGGAACGCGACCGGGAGCGGGACAGUGGUCAGAGCAGCAUGAGUUCCCUAUCUCCGCCACCGCACAACUUUAUCUGCGGCGGCAGCGGAGGCAAGUCCGGGAGCGAUGUGGAGCGUCAGGAUUCCGGAGUGGGCUCCGAGACAAGCAAGACAUCGCGGAGCAAGUACCAGGCCACGCCCACCGUACUCCAUCUGUGCGAGGACUGUGACGGGGCCGUGGAGAUGCAGGUGGGUGACGGUGGAGUCCUCUACGCGCCGCUCGUCUGCCGAAAGUGCGGCAAGAAGCGGGUGGAGCGCAAGGAGAUCAUCACCGAGAUCGUGGAGACCGAGGAGAAGUACGGCAGGGACCUGCAGAUCAUACUCGAGGAGUUCUGCCAUCCCAUGCUGGUGGCCGGCCUGCUCACCCAGGAGCAGCUCUCCGCGAUCUUCCUCAACACGGAAGAUCUGCUUGAGAACAACCAGACGCUGGCCGAGCGCAUGCGCGACGCUCUGGACAUGUCGCUGGAGCAGGGAGACGAUGACCUGCUGACGGUGAACAUCGGGCGCAUCUUUCUCGACUUUACCCAGAUGCUGCACGCCUUCGAGAGCUACUGCGUCCGCCAGGCGGGUGCCAGUCUGCUCCUAGCCAACCUAGAGAAGGAGAAGGAACUGCUGCGGAUUUUCCUGAAGGUCUCCCAGAUGGAGAACACCGUCUUGCGGCGCAUGAACCUCAACUCCUUCCUAAUGGUCCCCGUUCAGCGCGUUACGAAAUAUCCCCUGCUCUUGGCCCGCCUCUACAAGGUCACGCCCUCUCACCUCGAUGGCCGCGAUCUGCUAAAGCAGGCCCAGGAGAAAAUCGAACUGCACCUGAACCACAUCAACCAGGAGGCCAAGGAUGUGCCCACCAAGCUCUGGCGCCGCAUUAGCUCCUCCAGUCCGAACCGUCGCGCCUCCUGCGAAAUCGACAUGAUCAACAUCAAGCUGCGCAAGAUGGCCAUCGAUGUAUUGGAGUGGAACCAUGACGAGGUCCGCUUCGCCAUGGAGGGUCGUCUGCUCUACACGCAGCCCACGGAUAGCAACUGGAAGAAGGCGCGCACCAUUAAACUCACUCCGGUCAACGCUCUAUUGGUCACGAAUGGCAAGCCAAGUGCCAAUUACAGGGCGGAGAAGGCCGUGUCGGAAAAACUGAACUUCCCGAAGCACACGGGCAUCCGCGAGGCCUCGCUCCUGCUGGUGAAGGAGAAGUGCGGACGCUACACGCUGAUCCGGGAGCCGCUCUAUCUGGACAGAUGUGUCGUGUGCAGCGAGGCGGAUUGGGAUGAUUAUUUCGAAGUGCAGGAAAUUUCAUCGAAGGACACAUUCAUAUUCAAAGCGGAGGACGGCGUCAGGACGAAGCAGUGGUACACCCAGAUGCAGUACCAUGCCCAGGGCAUGGGGGCUUGGAGGAAGCGGCGCAACGCUCUGGCCAACAUCAUGAUCAACGGGAUGCUGGCGCGGAGCUAGCCCCGAAGGACGAAGGACGACGUAUAACUCAACAAUUGGUUAUGCAUUUAAUUUGUAUUUAUGCGCUAUUAACCAACCAGAGCGAUUUCGUUUCGUAAUUAUAAUUUAAGUGAUAUGCAAUUGAAUCGAGCACGCAUAACGCUAGUUAGUGUUUACAUAAUGCCUACGACUAUGCCUAUGCCCAUUACCUAUUACCAAUACUACUUAUCUCUCUAUACUUUAUGCAUAACCAUACGUACACACACGAAUACCCUGAACACAAUGCAAUAAAAUACCAUACAUACAUUAA